GAUUGAUAUCUUAACUUGUACCAUCACAAAAUCUGGAGUAUACUGUACAUCGUGCGUUAACGGAGCAGAAUAUGUCAUAAUUUGAUUUGAUUAUAUGGUUGGAUAUAUUCGUAUAUUGAAGUCAAGAUCAUUUUCAAGCAUUUUAUUCCCAAUUCCAUCUAUAAGAAAAUAUUCAAUCAUGUCAUUAGUUGAAAAGGCAAAGAAAGCUGCUGCUUAUAAAGCUGUUGAUGAUAAUUUCCCUCCUAAUGCUAAAUAUAUUGGAAUAGGUAGUGGAUCAACUGUUGUUUAUGUUGCAGAAAGAAUUGGACAAUUACCUAAUAAGGAUUCCUUUAUAUGUAUCCCAACAGGAUUCCAAUCCAAACAAUUAAUUAUUGAUAAUGGAUUAACAUUAGGUACCAUUGAACAAUUUCCUGAUUUGGAUAUUGCUUUUGAUGGAGCAGAUGAAGUUGAUCCAAAAUUAAGUUUAAUUAAAGGUGGAGGUGCUUGUUUAUUUCAAGAGAAAUUAGUAGCUGCAAGUGCCAAAAAAUUCAUUGUAGUUGCUGAUUAUAGAAAAGAAUCAAAUGUAUUAGGAAAACAAUGGACUCAAGGUGUACCAAUUGAAAUUGUUCCAAAUUCAUAUGUUAAAGUAACUAAAGAUUUAAAACAAUUGGGUGCUAAAACUAUUACUUUAAGACAAGGAGGUAAGGCUAAAGCUGGUCCAGUUAUUACUGAUAAUAAUAAUUUCCUUAUUGAUGCUGACUUUGGUGAAAUUGAAGAUCCAGCAGAUUUGCAUAAUAAAAUUAAGAGCUUAGUAGGUGUUGUUGAAACUGGAUUAUUCAUUGGAAUGGCUAGUGCAUCUUAUUUUGGUGAAGAAGCUGGUGGAGUUAAACUUUGGACUGUUUAGAUUAUAUUUAAAUUAAAGUAGGUACUUGAAACGCUAAUAUAUAUAAUACAUUUAAUUAUAAUUA